AUGUACAUACGCGUAAAAAAAUUUUUUUCCUCGAACACACGUCGCGGUCUAAACACUAUGGUGAACAAAAUAUCCUUCUUCGAAACAAGCCUUUUCCGAUUCUUAACUCGACGAGAUGCCACAUUCAACGUCAGCUCUAUAACCGCUGAUGACCUCCUCGCUUACUAUCGACAGGAAAAUCCAAUUCACAAACCCUUCCAAAUAUACAACGUUAUCGUCAAGGAUUUAGAGCAAGCUAUUGCUUCGAAAUUCUUCAGCGAGGAUAUUAUAGACAGUUUGAAAGGAAUCAGAGACAAUUGGCAGGAAUGGAAAAAGAGUCACCUUAAGCACAUCCAUGAGGAAUGGAAUGACCAGCGCAAAACUUGGUUUAAAUCGAGUGUUAAUAAAUAUCAGCAAAGUGUUGCCACAAUAGUUGACACAGAAAUUGGAAAGUGGUGCGAAGAAGCUGUCAAUGAUAUGGAAUCUCUAUCCCUCAAGCAUUCUCUUGAGCAUUCUGAAAAUGAAGAGGAUGGAUUGCCAGGAAAGGUUCAGCAACAGGAAAUAAUCAAUGAAGUCAUAGACGAAGUCAAUCAUGAAUGUGAUAUACAGCAAGAGCCCAAUUUAUCAGAAACAUUGCCUGAGAAAUAUGUCAUCCAUGGUGUUGAUAUUGCCAUGCACCAGAAGUUGGGAAAUUAUGAAGCUGCUUAUUAUGAUGUUUUGGAUUUAAGUUAG